AACACUGAUGGAAUUUUAUUUGAAAAAUAAUUUAAAUUUUCUUUUAAAUAAUAAUGUUUCAUAACUAGUGAUAUAAUUUAUAUUAGAGAUCAAUUGUUAUUGAUUUCUUUUUGUGUGCGCAAAAAUGAAGUUUUACGGAAUAUUUGAACAGGGGAGCAAGAUUAAUCAAGUGAUAUGUGCCGUUUUGAUAAACCUCCCGGUGCUGUCAUACGGAGCCAGUACUGGCUGGAUGUCUCCUAUGACUCUUCUACUGCAGUCAGAAGAUUCACCAAAAGGCGUACCUCUCACAGAUACUGAGAUAUCAUGGAUGGCUGCUGUACCCUACUUGGUGUGUGUCCCAUUUGAUUUGAUAAUGGGCGUCAUGGGAGAUAAACUCGGACGAAAGAUUUCGCUGAUUUUUAUAUCCUUAGUUAGUGCUGCUAGUUGGAUCUUAUUGCUUUCUUCCUUCAACAUUUGGUGUCUCAUCAUAGCGAGGGCGUUCGUCGGUAUAACCAUGGCUGGUUGUUAUGUCACUUGCACCACAUACACCAAGGAGAUCAGUGAUAACAGCAUUAGAGGUGCCUUGGGAUGUUUGUUAAUAUUAUUUCAAACAACUGGAAAUCUCUUCAUGUACGUUAUUGGAGAUCUGUUGAGCUAUAACCUUAUCCUCUGGGUUUGUCUGACAAUACCGACCGUACACGUGGUAGUGUUUCUCUUUAUGCCGGAGUCUCCUUCUUACCUCGUCAAGAAAGGAAGGGUUGAGGAUGCAAGUAAAGCCUUGGCCUGGCUUCGAUGCGAACCAGAAAAUGAUGCAAAGGUCCAGGAAGAAAUAGAAAUUAUAAGAAAAGAACAGAGGAACGACGAAGUGAGCAAGUUCGCUCUCAAGACAAUGUUCACUGAUAAGAUCCUUAGAAGAGCUUUCCAAAUAGCCAUGGUAGCGACCAUAGCUAGAGAAGUGUGUGGAGCUGUACCAGUUCUGAACUUUGCUGGUGACAUCUUUAAAUUGGCAUCUCACGACACCGGUCUGUUGUUGAGUCCAAACCAACAGGCUAUGCUGCUUGGUGUCGUUCAAGUGGUUGGUUCGGCUCUCGCUUCAAGUAUCGUCGAAAAAUCAGGCAGAAAGCCUCUUCUUCUGUUGUCAUCUCUGGUCUCUGGUCUAAGUAUGUGCGCACUCGGUUCUUGGUUCCUAUUGCGUGACCUUGGAAUCGGUGCCCCAUCUUGGGUGCCAUUAAUGACGUUGUGCCUUUGUAUCUUCUGUGAUUCAUCUGGCCUUCAGCCUAUCUCCAUUGUGCUAGCAGGAGAGAUAUUCUCUUUUAAGUAUCGAGGAAUUGUGAUGGCUAUCACAAUGUCUUGUGCUUCAUUUACUGACUUUCUUCAGCUGUUAUUCUUCAAGCCACUCGCCACAGCAGUUGGCAUUCACGUGGCCUUCUACUUCUUCGGAGUGAUCUGCUUGAUCAUGUCUCUUUACGUUAUUCUAUUCAUCCCCGAAACUAAAGCUAGAUGCCUUGAAGAUAUUUACAAAGAUCUCCUCAAAAGCAUGAAAGUGAAAAAGACCGAAGAACACGAACUUACAAAAGUUUAAAGAAAGUUUCAUAAA